AGUAUUUGGUAUUGAUCAACUAAAACAAAUUAAAAUUACUUAACUACUAUGAUAAUCUCGCCGUUCAAAAAAUCACAGCUAGACUAAAACUAAUCAAGCCGUACUCUAUCUCCACUUCGUCGCUGCUAGAAGCGCCCAGCAUUGAUAAGACGCGACCUAUCUAGCGGUAUCGUCGAUAUAAUCGGACCACUGCUUCGAUGUAUUUGCGUCACUCUAUCUAAACCACUGCAAAGUGUGUGUCGUAUUUUCGCGCAAGUAAACAGGUUGCAUAAAUUGCGUAAAUGUAAGACGAUUCGCGAACGUACAGUUGGAUUUAAGUGUUAAAUAUUUUCGUGUAAAAUGUACAGAAUAUCUUUAGUUAUUUUAUUCAUAUACAGUUUAUUAGCUCAGUAUUCCGCCGGAUUUUCACCAGUUAUUUUAAUCCCUGGUGAUGGAGGCAGUCAGCUGGAAGCCAAGCUGAACCGAUCGGCAUCAACACACUACAUCUGUGAGAAGACCUCCAACGGCUACUUCAACAUCUGGCUCAACCUAGAGCUACUCGUCCCAUUUGUCAUUGACUGCUGGGUUGACAACACCAAACUGGUCUAUGACAACAAAACUCGCACAACAAGCAACCCUGAGGGUGUAGACAUAAGGGUCCCAGGAUGGGGAACUCCAGAGGCCGUGGAGUGGAUCAGUCCAACCCACCAAAAAGCUGGCUCAUACUUUAGUACCAUAGCUGAUGCUCUGGUCAAAAUGGGCUAUCAACGAAAUGUGUCCAUCAGAGGUGCUCCAUAUGACUUCAGGAAAGCACCAAAUGAAAAUGUCGAAUUCUUUGUAAAGUUAAAGACGUUGGCAGAGGAGACAUACAAGAUGAACAACAACACUCCGGUGACUAUAAUCGGGCACAGCAUGGGCGGGGCGAUGGCGCAGCACUUCCUCCGGCUGCAGACGCAGGCGUGGAAGGACCAGUACAUCCGGAGACUCAUUGGCAUCUCCACACCCUGGGGCGGGGCUGUGAAGGCUCUGAAAGUCUUUGCUAUAGGCGACGACCUCGGCGCACUGAUGCUCCGCGAAAGCACGAUGCGCGCGCAACAAGUGACGUGCCCGUCGCUGGCGUGGCUGCUGCCCUCGCGCGCGCUGUGGAAGCCCACGGAGGUGCUCGUCACCACCGACAAGUAUAACUACACGCUGAAUGAUCUGCAGAGGCUGUUUCUAGACAUGAACCUACCAGCCGCGUGGGAGAUGCGCAAGGACGUGGAGCGGUUCCAGGACGACUUCGCGGCGCCGGGGGUCGAGCUGCACUGUGUCUACGGCACCGACAUACCCACCGUCGAGCAGCUAUCCUACAAGCCAGGAACCUGGCUGGACGGCUACCCGACCCUGGUCAAGGGCGACGGGGAUGGCACCGUCAACCUGCGCUCGCUCUCCGCCUGUCUGCACUGGAAGAAGCGCCGCAACAGAACUACGCUUAACAAGGGGAAGGUCAUCAAGGCACUGCCGCUGAGCAAGGCAGAGCAUCUGCAGAUACUGCACGAUCAGCGGGUCAUUGAUUAUAUUACUACGGUUAUGAAGAAUUAGGGUUUGAGAUUGAAAAGUAAAUGAGUUUGACUGGGAG